AUGCCCUUUCUAUCAUCUCCCGACAGCGCAACCAUGCUUCAGCGCUCAUCAUUCCUUGAGGCUAUCCAGAAGCAUGAGCCGGCUUCACUUGCAGUUCUGGAGAAUGACUCGGGAGCUAGCUUCUCUUAUGGUACUCUGCUCAAGAGCAUCGCCCAUGCUAAAGAACAGCUGCUGAGCAAGGCCGGUAGAACGGAUGUCUCUGGUGAACGAAUUGCUUUCAUGGUGGAAAGCGGUUAUGAAUAUGUUGUCACACUCUUGGCUAUUCUUGCCUCUAAUGCCAUUGCUCUACCAUUGGCACCAGCUUUCCCCGCACCUGAGCUGCGAUAUAUUCUCGACAACAGUCAAGCUAUUGUUCUCAUCUCAUCCUCCAAAUACGCUUCGAAAGCAGAGGAAGUCAUCAGUCAGGACCUGGCCACGCCACCACUAUUCUAUCAGCUCGAUGGAACUGGUCACGCUACUGCGGAAGAGAAGGAAAUUGAGCUUGAAGAGCUUUCGGAUUCUCAGCAGGGUGGAAUGAUGCUCUUUACUUCCGGAACAACUGCCAGGCCAAAGGGUGUGGUACUCACACAGGCUAAUCUCACUGCGCAAGCAUCCAGUCUUUUGGAAGCGUGGCGAUACUCACCCAGCGAUCGACUUUUGCACGUUUUGCCUCUUCACCACAUCCAUGGAACAGUCAAUGCUCUUCUUACACCACUUCUGGCUGGAAGCAGCAUUGAGUUCAUGUUUCCGUUCGUCGUCGAUAAGGUCUGGAAACGAUUGACUGCGCCUUUUCAAACAGCAGCAGGCGAAAAGGCCCAAGUUCCCAUCUCAUUCUUCACCGCGGUGCCGACUAUCUGGGCUCGUAUGCUAAAGUCAUACGACUCUUUGUCACCAGAGAUGCAAAAGGCUGGCAAGGAAGCCAUCUCCCCUCGAAACCUACGACUCAACUUUUCUGGAUCAGCUGCCCUACCAAAGCCAAUCCGCGAUGGAUGGAUUCAACUUUCUGACGGCAAUAUUCUUCUUGAACGCUAUGGAAUGACUGAAGUCGGAAUGGCCUUGUCUUGUGGCCUCGCCGAUAUUGACCGUGUGGAUGGUUCUGUUGGCUGGCCUCUUCCUUCCGUCGAGGCGCGUCUGAUGGAGACUGAUGACGAAACUGGUGUUCAAACUGUCAUUCAACCAGGAGAUGAGAUCGACUCUGCUACUGGAAAGGAACGUAUUGGGGAGAUUCAGCUGCGUGGACCCACCAUCUUUACCGGCUACUGGCGCAACCCUGAAGCCACAGCUAAGGAGUUUACUGAAGAUGGAUGGUUCAAGACUGGCGACAUCGCCAUCCGCCGAAGUGUACCGGGCUCUGGUAAGGGCGAGUCGGGUUCUUGGGCUCAAGGACCAGCAUACUUUAUCCAAGGCCGCCGAAGCGCCGACAUCAUCAAGACAGGUGGCGAGAAGGUAUCAGCCCUCGAAGUCGAGCGAGAGAUUCUAUCUCUGGACCAAAUUGACGAGUGCGCCGUCGUUGGACUUCCCUCUGAAUCAUGGGGUCAGAAGGUCGCUGCAGUAGUAGUCCUAUCACAGAAGGGCGAGAAGAUGACUUUGCCACAACUGCGAGCUGCUCUGAAGCCGAGAAUCACAGCGUACAAAAUUCCUCAAGAUUUGGAGAUUGUUGAGACGUUGCCGAGAAAUGCUAUGGGCAAGAUUAAUAAGAAGGAGUUGAUUAACAGUGUAUUUGGACCCGUGGAGAAGAUUAGAAGGAGAAGUAUUGAUUUGGGAGCCAGACGAUAG